AUGUCCGAGAGCAAUCAAGUUGACGAAGAGUUCCAUGAUACUCAAGAGGACUUUGUCAACGAAAAUGAAAACGGAGAUGUGUUGCCAGAAGAUGUAGAGGUAGAAGCUAUUGUCAAAAAUUCUCCUGCCGAGGAAGACCGCACUGAGGAUCAGGUUCCUGAUAUAACUGGUACUGAGUAUAUUGAUCCUAUGACAACAAGCAUGGAUGGAAUUGAAGAACUUCCAAGCAAUGAAGAAACUCAGAUUAUCACCACUGAGGAGAUUCCUGAAGAGACUUCUGAAAAUAUUUUGAAAGAAGAGAAUCCCGAAGCUGAUGAACCCAACGUUGAAGGUGGAGAAGAAGAAAAACCUGAAGCAGACAAUGUCGAUGAAAGCGUGCCUGCUGCUGAGGAUGAAAAUGUGGUGGCAGAUGAAGGUGCGCAACCAGUUGUUGAAGAAUCUUGCAUCUCGAUCGAAAUUGUUGAGCACUCGGAGGCAGAACAGCAAGAAGAACCAGUGAAUGAAGAUGUAGCUGUUGUUCAGGAGGAUGAGGAUGAACCAAAGGUAUUUGAGCUUCAAGCACCUCCUGAAGGAAAGCGACCUCGUUCUUUGAACGAAUUAGAUAAUCCCGCCCCUGAAUCAACAACCGAUAGUGUUCCUGCCACUCCAUCCGCUGACAUGCCAGGAACUCCUGGUUCUGCUCUGCCUGACGCUAUCAACACACCUGCAGCUAUUCCUCAAACACCACGUUCUGCUGUUGGAUCUGGACUUGGUGUAGAUGAUGUUCAAACUCCAAAGAUUUCUGAGCCUCCUACUCCAAUCAGUGAAGCCGCACCUGGAUCAGUCCCUCCAACACCAAAAUCGGCUGCUUUGACGUCAGUCCCCCCCACACCAAUUGGAGAGACACCUGCUACUCCAAAGUCUGCCGUUGGUUCCGUAGUUCCUGAUGAAGAGUUUGCUGACGCCGAAGAACAACAACAGGUUCCAGCUACUCCAGGAGUUGCAUCGGCUGUUGGAUCAGUACCUCCAACUCCAGGAGUUGAAUCUGCUGUCGGAUCAGUUCCACCAACUCCAAGAUCGGCUGUUGGAUCCGUUCCCCCAACUCCAGGAGUGGAAUCCGCUGUUGGAUCCGUUCCACCAACACCUAGAUCGGCUGUUGGAUCCGUUCCUCCUACUCCAAAAUCUGCUGUUGGAUCAGUUCCACCAACUCCCAGAUCAGCUGUUGGAUCAGUUCCUCCAACUCCAGGAGUGGAAUCCGCUGUUGGAUCUGUUCCUCCAACUCCAGGUGUUGAGUCUGCUGUCGGAUCAGUUCCACCAACUCCACGAUCAGCAGUUGGAUCUGUUCCACCGACUCCCAAGGAUGAGGAAUAUGGUACUCCCGCUGGAUCUGUACCUCCCACACCAAAAGAAAGUGUUCCACCUACACCAAAAUCAGCAGUCCCUUCCAUCCCACCUACCCCAAGAACCGCACGCGAUGAUGCUCCUGGCACACCAAAAUCGGCUAGACGUGUAGCCAAUGGAAGUGUUGCCAACGGUAGUAUCCCAGGAACUCCAACAACUGCGGCUUCCGCAAAAUCAAAGAGUGCUUUCAACUUUGACAGUGUUCCUGAAACCCAAGUUGAAGAAACCACAGCUCAAACACCAGCCCCACCCACUCCUCAAGUGGAAGAACCAGAGAAGGAACCCACACCUGAACCAGAGCCAGUUGAAGUAGAAAGCCCUCAGGAGGAACCUGUAGCUGAACCUGAACCAGAACCCGAAGAGUCCCAACCAGAGGAGGCCCCACAAGAGCCCGAAGUUCAAGAAGAGAAAGUUGAAGUUAGACAGGAGACAAAAGAACCUGAACCAGUUUCUAGAGCUGAGCGCAGUCCACCUCCACCAGUUCGUAGAAGUGAAACAAGCGUUGCAGCGAGCGCUCAUGCUCCAAUCGAUCACACCAGCUACGAUAAGGACUCAUUCAAUCAAUUACCACCACCAAGAAUGCCGUCCUCUAGCUCUUUCAACUCUUGGACUCCAGUCGAUCGUAAUAGCUAUACUCCAAUCAGCCCAUUUGUUUCAAACCCAAACAAAUACUCUUCUUCUUACACUUCAAACAGCUAUGCACCAACCAGAAUGUAUACAUCCAUGUUUGAUGAUAUUGUUAGUACCGGUGCUUUCUCAAAUGCUCUCUAUUCAACAACCAGACUCAUUGAACGCUCUCGUAGUCGCGCUAGAGAACGCAAGCAGGCAAUGAGAUCCCAAAGAUCUGCAAGCAACUAUUACAGAUAUUCUUCUCAAUUCCCUGCUCCUACUCGCACUCGUGAGUACUCUACACCACCAUCAAGAGCUGUGAGCCGUCCACCCUCAAGAUCUGGCUCAUUCGUUAGUUUCAUGGAGUACAGCGGUAGCAAAAACUACGAGCUUUCUCGCUCAAAUUCUAGAAGCUCCGUAUACGAUUCAUUGUCUCGCAGCGGAAGCCGAGCUGAUCUGUAUCUCGGAUCAGGACGUUUGUCCCGUGUUGAUAGCUAUGUUCGCGAUCUUCACUCUACUUAUCGUGCAUCGGAUAGUGUUGAAAGAUAUACUCCACGCAGAUAUAACAGUUCUUACAACAAUUCUGCCAAUAUGUCUUCAAGCUUGUAUGAGAGUCGUAUCGGCCAAUUAGAAAGAUCAUUGUCGCGUGAAAAAAUCAAUAGAGAUCGAAUGCGGCAUGAGUACAAUGAAAUUUCAUCAAAGCUGAACCAAGCUGUUCGUCAAAUGGAGCUAUUCCGUUCAAACUCAUAUGCUAAUGUACGAUCAUCGUCAGUAACCAGAGCUAAUGUCUACACUCAUUUAUAUCCUUAUUAUUAA